AUGUCAGCGGUUCAGGAAGAAGUGGUGAACAAUUUAAAGACUAUCAUUGCCGAAAACUUGAAAACUCUGCCAAACUUUAAUGAGGAUGUCAACUAUGUCGCUGAAUACAUUGUACUUUUGAUGUCAAACGGAGGAAACGUGGACUCUGUGGUCCAAGAACUCACCUCUUUAUUCGAUACUGUUUCCGCACAAGCUUUCCAGUCUGUGGCUCAAAAUGCAUACAAAGCCAUGGAAUAUUUGCAGAACGGAGACACCUUGGAAACGACAAUGGCUAAGCUUACCGGACAGCAUGCCACGCAAACGCAACCAACAAUUUCUACACCACAACCGGAUGUACAGCAACAACAAGUGCAGCAGCAACCUUCUCAACAACAACAGUCACAACAACAGCAACAACAGCAGCAGCAUCCCCAAGCACAAGACGUGUCUCAGCAGUUUGGCUCCGGAACUGAGAAUUCCAUUUACGCCUCCGAUAAUGCCCCCUCGCAACCAAAAUCAGCGUUUGAGGGUCUUGUGAACAUUGCAGCAGGACCAGCACGCCCCUCAUACUCUGCCAAUAACACACAGCGUCGCGGUGUGGUCAGCAAAUUCGGAGCACGCGGUGGCCGUCAAGAACGCUCUGAAAGAGGCGGUGGACCUAAUAAAGCAGGGAAUGGAAGACGUAGCAACGUCAACAGUAACGCCUUGGCGAUGGCCCUCGGGCUUGACAACUCGAACAUCAACUUUGUCAACAAAAAACAGGGACGGUGCCAAGUUUUCCCUCGCUGUCCGUUAGGUAAGAACUGCCCACACUCACAUCCUACACAGGCAUGCAGAGAAUAUCCAAAUUGUUCAAAUCCCCCGGGAACUUGCAAUUAUCUACAUCCUAAUGAAGAUGUGGAACUCAUGAAAGAAAUUGAAAGGACCCGCGAAGAGUUUCGCGAAAAAAGAGCUGCUUUCGCUGCUGCCAAAAACAACAAUGAACGUACUGGUAUCGUUUUAUGCAAAUUUGGAUUACUGUGCACUAACCCACAAUGCCCAUUUGGCCACCCAACGCCGGCUAAUGACGUUGCCAAAGUAGUAACAUUCGCAUGGUGUCCCGAGAAUUUGAACUGUCAAGACCCUAACUGUAACAAGGCCCACAGUUCAUCGUCGAAAAUAAAAGAAGUCGCACAGGCUGUAUCGCGCAAACCACAGCGACCACCUGUUGAAAAAUCACUUGAACAGUGUAAGUUUGGUCCCAACUGCACGAACAAAAGAUGCAAGUUCAGACACGCCCGUUCCCAUAUUAUGUGUCGCGAGGGUGCUGACUGUACCAGGAUCGAUUGUUUGUUUGGCCACCCAAUUAACGAAGACUGUAAAUUUGGGGUCAAUUGUCGAAACAUCUCUUGUUUGUACAAACAUCCUGAAGGAAGAGAAGUGCCUCAGAAACCUUCACGUUCUUCCGACUCCAAAAACACCUGGGUGAAUCCUGAAUUGCAAGGAGGAAAUUCAUCGUCUAAUGAGCGUCCUUUUGCUGUACCCGAUAACCAAGUCACGGAGUCCAUGCCAUCUCAGGAGAAUGAUGCCAUCAUGGGAUAG